AAAAAAUGAUGAUCGGUAGAGAUGGAGUAUUGAUUGUGCUAGCACUUCUUGUUUUUAGAGCUUUUAGGGUUUGCAGAGCUGAUGGAUUGGUAGAGAACUUUUACAGCUCUAGCUGCCCACAAGCUGAGGCGAUUGUGAGGAACAUUACAAGAAAUAGAGCUCAAAGUAACCCUCCUUUGGUUGCUAAACUGUUAAGGAUGCACUUCCAUGACUGUUUUGUUAGGGGGUGCGAUGCAUCAAUACUGUUGGAUGCAGUUGGAAGUAUAAAAGCUGAGAAAGACACAAUUCCAAAUCUAUCACUGUCAGGUUUUGACGUUAUUGAUGAAAUCAAGACUCAACUGGAGGAAGUUUGCCCUGGAGUCGUUUCUUGUGCAGACAUUCUUGCGUUGGCUGCUCGCGAUGCAGUUACCUUCCCUCUUGUCAAGCCUAGAUGGGAAGUCCUAACAGGAAGAAGAGAUGGCAAUAUUUCCCUUGCAUCUGAUGCCGAUGAAAAUCUUCCUCCCCCAUUUGCAGACUUCACAACUCUUAUCCAAGCAUUUACAUCUAAAGGUCUUGAUUUGAAUGAUCUUGUGGUUCUAUCAGGUGGACAUACAAUUGGAGUUGCUCACUGUGCUAUGUUCUCAAAUAGGCUUUAUAAUUUCACUGGUAAUGGUGAUAGCGAUCCUUCUUUAGACGAAACAUAUGCAGAUUUCUUGAGAACCCAAUGCCCAAAUCCAGCCAAUCCAGCAAUAGCUGUAGAAAUGGAUCCUGAAAGCUCACUCGGAUUCGAUAAUAGUUACUUCAAUACUCUUCUUCAAAAUAAAGGCCUUCUCCAAUCUGAUGCUGCUCUGCUCCAAAAUGAACAAUCUUCCAAGAUAGUUAGACAGUUGAAGAUAUCUAACGCUUUUCAUGCCAAGUUUGCCAUUUCCAUGAAGAAAAUGGGAGCUAUUGAAGUGCUUACAGGAGAUGCUGGAGAGAUUAGGAAGAAUUGUCGUGUGACAAAUCUGAGAAAAAAAAAAAUGAUGAUCGGCAGAGAUGGAAUAUUGAUUGUGCUAGCACUUCUUGUUGUGGGAGCUUUUAGGGUUUGUAGAGCUGAUGGAUUGGUGGAGAACUUUUACAACACUAGCUGCCCUCAAGCUGAGGCGAUUGUGAGAAACAUUUCAAGAAGUAGAGCUGAAAGUAGCCCUCCUAUGGUUGCUAAACUGUUAAGGAUGCACUUCCAUGACUGUUUUGUCAGGGGGUGCGAUGGAUCAAUACUGUUGGAUGGAGUAGGAAACGUAAAAGCUGAGAAAGACACAAUUCCAAAUCUAUCACUGUCUGGUUAUGACCUGAUUGAUGAAAUCAAGACUGAAGUCGAGAAAGUUUGCCCUGGAGUCGUUUCUUGUGCAGACAUUCUUGCGUUGGCUGCUCGCGAUGCUGUUACCUACCCUAACGACAAGGCUAGAUGGGAAGUCCUAACAGGAAGAAGAGAUGGCAAUGUUUCCCUUGGAACUGAAUCCGAUGAAAGCCUUCCUAACCCAUCUUCAAACUUCACAAGUCUUAUCCAAUUAUUUAAAACCAAAGGUCUUGAUGUGACUGAUCUUGUUGUUCUAUCAGGUGGACAUACAAUUGGAGUUGCAAAUUGUGCCACUUUCAUAAACAGGCUUUAUAAUUUCACUGGCAAAGGUGAUGCCGAUCCUUCUUUAAACACAACCUAUGCAGAUUUCUUGAAAACCCUAUGCCCUGUAGUACCCAGUCCAGCAACAACAGUAGAAAUGGAUCCUGAAAGCUCACUCGUAUUUGAUAAUAAUUACUUCAAAGCCGUUCUUGAAAAUAAGGGCCUUCUCGAAUCUGAUGCUGCUCUGCUCCAAAAUGAAGAAUCUACCGAGAUAGUUAGACAGUUGACGAUGACUAAUAGUACCUUUGAUGAGAAGUUUGCCAUUUCCAUGCAGAAAAUGGGAGCUAUUGGAGUGCUCACAGGAGAUGCUGGACAGAUUAGGAAGAAUUGUCGUGUGGCAAAUCCCUGAGAUUAAUAUUUCUUUCUUUGUCUUAUUGAAUUGAAUUGAAUUGUAUUUUUAAAUUCAUAAUUGAUUAAAUAAGGGAAAAAAAAAUACAUAGUUGGUAUAUGUAAUUUUUUUGAAGAGAGUUGGUAUAUGUAGUAAUUAAAUCAGUUAUCAAUAUUAAGAAUAAUUUUCCUUUCAA